AUGGGUACUGAGGGUGAAAUACUAGAGCGCUACGUUUCAAACAAACUUGGGGAUGAUUGUAGUGGUGAUGGAAGUGAAGAGCAUCCCUACAAAACUCUUCACAGAUUGUUUGAGGUCAUGACCCUUGAAGAAGUUUCACAAUUGAAAAUUUAUGUGGAUGCGACUGAAAAGCCGGAGGAAAAGUGGGCUGAGAUAUCAAAAACUCAGCUGAAGAAGAAAAUGAAAAACUAUAAAAUUCAGUCGCAGAAAUCAGCCGCAUCUGGCGAAACUGCUACUGGCACUCCUGCUGAGUCGACUGUUACUUCUGCCCCUUCUGCAGUUGAAAUUAAAGAGGAUUUGAGUCUGCCUGCAGCUAUCAAAUCUAAAAUUUGCAAUCUUCACACCCAUUUGGACAAGCGGGUACAAGUUUAUGGUUGGGUUCAAGCCAUUCGUCGUCAGAGCAAGAAACUCAUGUUCAUUGUUCUUCGUGAUGGAACUGGUUAUCUCCAAUGCAUUCUGGCAAAUGGUCUUCCUCAAACAGCUGAUGGGUUAGCACUUGCCCCGGAAUCAACAGUUUUUGUGAAAGGUGUUGUGUCCAAGGUGCCUGAGGGUCAAACUGCUCCAGGUGGAAUUGAGCUUCAUGCGGAUUACUACGAAGUUAUUGGAAAAGCUCCACCCGGUGGUCUGGAAUCAGUGGUGACAGAGGAGUCGGAGGUGGAUCUUCAAUUGGACAACCGUCAUUUGAUGAUUCGUAACGAAAAGCAGUCGAAGAUUUUGAAGGUUAUCAGUGCUGCAUCCCUAGCCUUCCGAGAUCACUAUAGAUCUCGUGGUUUUAAGGAAGUUCAACCUCCAACCUUAGUUCAAACCCAAGUUGAAGGUGGUUCGACUCUCUUUAAAUUUGAUUACUUCGGUGAACCUUCUUUCUUGACGCAGUCAAGUCAGCUUUACUUGGAGACUUGUAUACCUUCUGUUGGAGACUGUUAUUGCAUGGUUCGUAGCUACCGAGCUGAGAAGAGUCGUACACGUCGGCACUUAUCUGAGUACUUGCAUAUUGAGGCUGAAUCGCCCUUCAUAGAGUUCGAUGAUCUCUUGAACCAGAUUGAAGAUCUGGUUUGUGAUGUAACAGAGCGCGUUAUGAAGGAGGUUGGAGACUUAGUCUUGGAGAUAAAUCCUGGUUUCGUGCCACCAAAACGACCUUUCAUGCGAUUGGAAUACCGUGAUGCUCUGAAGCGGCUGGAGGCUGAGAAGAUUUACAAGGAGGACGGUGAGACGUUCAAGUUUGGUGAUGAUAUUCCAGAGAAACCAGAGCGAGAGAUGACUGAUAGAAUCGGUACUCCUAUCCUAUUGACCAAGUUCCCUACUGAACUGAAGGCUUUCUACAUGCAGCGUGUGAAGAAUGAUCCAUCUGUGACAGAAUCGGUUGAUUUACUGAUGCCCGGUGUUGGAGAAAUUGUUGGUGGGUCAAUGAGGAUGACUGACAUUAAAGAUCUCCUUGCUGGUUAUUCACGAGAGGGAAUCGAUCCAUCUCCCUACUAUUGGUACACUCAACAGCGUGAGUUCGGAACCUGUCCCCAUGGUGGCUAUGGUCUGGGAUUCGAGAGAUUUUGCACUUGGCUCCUAGGACAAUAUCACAUUCGUGAUGUGUGCCUCUAUCCACGAUUCACUGGGCGUUGCAGACCUUGA